AUGGUGAGUCUGAUAUUGCUAAGAAUUCAUGUGAGAAAGAAUAGUUCCAUCAAGGACCUGGCCAUGGCCGGCGUCAAGCUCUAUGGUAGUAAGUUCGAGUUCAGGAAAGGCCAGUUUGACGUUGCGGUUGAGAUGUAUCUCUCUGGUUCUCAGGUCAUCCCCAUCCAGGCCCUCCCAGGCUACGGGAAGACGGCUCUGUUCCAGCUUCCUCUGAUGGCUGUCUCUCUUUGUGAUCAGCCUGUGGUCUCUUUUGUCUUUGUUCCAUAUGUCUGUCUGGUAUCCAAUAUGAAUUACGGUUCUCUUCCUCUGGUUUAA